AUGGACAAAGUCAAAGAGAACUCAAAGGUCCUGGCAGACUUCCCAAAGGCACACCUCCCAAAGGCAGACGACAGACUCCCAAAGGCAGACCUCCCAAAGGCAGACGUCCCAAAGGCAGACGUCCCAAAGGCAGACGUCCCAAAGGCAGACCUCCCAAAGGCAGACGUCCCAAAGGCAGACUUCCCAAAGGCAGACCUCCCAAAGGCAGACGUCCCAAAGGCAGACUUCCCAAAGGCAGACGUCCCAAAGGCAGACGUCCCAAAGGCAGACCUCCCAAAGGCAGACGUCCCAAAGGCAGACUUCCCAAAGGCAGACGUCCCAAAGGCAGACUUCCCAAAGGCAGACUUCCCAAAGGCAGACGUCCCAAAGGCAGACCUCCCAAAGGCAGACGUCCCAAAGGCAGACGUCCCAAAGGCAGAUGUCCCAAAGGCAGACCUCCCAAAGGCAGACGUCCCAAAGGCACACUUCCCAAAGGCAAACGUCCCAAAGGCAGACUUCCCAAAGGCAGACUUCCCAAAGGCAAAGAGUCGUCCCAAAGGCAGACUUCCCAAAGGCAGACUUCCCAAAGGCAGACGUCCCAAAGGCAGACGUCCCAAAGGCAGACGUCCCAAAGGCAGACGUCCCAAAGGCACACCUCCCAAAGGCAGACGUCCCAAAGGCAGACUUCCCAAAGGCAGACGUCCCAAAGGCAGACGUCCCAAAGGCAGACGUCCCAAAGGCAGACUUCCCAAAAGCAGACUUCCCAAAGGCAGACUUCCCAAAGGCAGACUUCCCAAAGGCAGACUUCCCAAAGGCAGACUUCCCAAAGGCAGACGUCCCAAAGGCAGACGUCCCAAAGGCAGACGUCCCAAAGGCAGACGUCCCAAAGGCAGAAGUCCACCGCCCAAACAUUGGGGCUGCCAUGGGAACGUUGCGGGAUCCCCCAGUGCCCUGCGCCAAACUCUGAGGAACGGUUGGGUUUUGGAGAUUCUGGAGCUCAGAGCGAUAAUCCAACCAGCAGACGGAAACCUGAGACGGAGAGGGACUUUCUGUGAAGAGGAGGCUGGGUGA